AUGCCGCAGGAACAUCUUAGCAAUGACGAGUUCCUUAACCGCCUCACCACCCUUCUCUCCGCAACCCAUGCCGCCACUCACGGCUCCGUCCAUCUUACACAAAAGCCCUUGAAACUCACUACUGACCAAGCACCCUCGCCUUCACCUUCAUCAUCACAGAUCCUCAUCCGCGCCUCGAACGGCCUCUCAAAACCACACCGGUUGGAGGCCACAAAAGGGUCAAAGUCUGGAUAUGCAAAGAAGGAGAAGGUGAAGUUUGCGACGGUAGUGGAGACUUCAGAGUUGGAGGCGUUUUAUACGAGGUAUGCGGAGAUAUGCAAGAAGGGGAUGGAGGGCUUGAGGAAGAGGGAUAAGAAGAAGGCCAAAGAGAAGGCGAAGGCGAAGAAGAAGGGAAAAGCUGGAGCGGCUGGUGGUACUGGUGGUGCUGGGGAGAAGGCCUCCGGAUCGUGA